AUGACUGUAAAACACAUGUUCAAGUUGCAGACAACAGUGGGAUUCAAGAGAUUGUUUUCUGUCCUGGGACGAAAGUAUAGUAUACCCAGUCGGCCAUAUUUCAGCAAAACUGUCAUUCCUGAGAUAUACGAAAAGUGUCAAAGUAGAGUAGCUGAAAUGAUAGCAGAUGCAAGAUUUAUUUCUUUCACAACAGACAUGUGGACUUCUGAUGUGAACAAUAAGAGCUUUAUAACUUUAACUGGCCAUUGGAUUUCCAGAAAUUUUGAACAAAAACAUUAUGUGCUAAGUAUUCGUGGUCUGGAUGGCAGUCAUACUGAAGCUGGAAUGAUUUUCGAAGAAAAACGAAGUAGGCUAACUGCAGAAAAUGGCGAAAUGCUAACCUACCUCCAUCAUAAUCUUCCUUUACUUAAUUUUAAAUAUAUACGUACUAAGUGA